AUGGCCUCCUCAUCCUUUCGUGACUCGAUGAACUCGCUGGGCUGGAGCCGCAGAGAGCCCGCCGCUAUGCCAACGACAUCCAACUCCUCCACUCCGUUCCUUGGCAAACUACAAUCACUCAAUCCCUUUGGCCAAGGAGGCUAUGUCAGACUGCCUUUGUACGAAAAUGAGGCACCAGGUGCUCCUCUGCCCGCCCGCACUCGUCGCGAAGAAGAAGAAGGGUGGUUUGCGCGUACGUGCCUACAUUUCUUCUGA